UAUAUUUUCACUGCAAUGAGGUUUUCUGUCUACCAUGAAUUACUAUUUGAUGUUAAAUGAAUUAUUACAUCAGAAAGGCCUCGUAUGCAAAUGGCACGGAUUGUUGACAUUGGAUGAACUUCAGUUCACGAGCUAUUUCAGUGUGAAUAGACUUAAUCGGCUGUUGUUAUAAACGUUUCCACUCAAUUCAAACCAGCUGGGAGAAAGUUUCGUUGUUCUUCGUUGUAUUUUCAUUAUUCACAGUUGGGUUCUUAGAAACGAAAGUUGCUUUUCACACGGGAUUUGAAUUGGUUGGACAUGAGAAUCGUUAGGCCAUUAGGUCUAUAAGAGUCUUGAACAUGUAUGUCACUGAGCAAAACCAUUAGUGCAUAGACAUAAUUAUUUUGGCAAUGUCAGUUGCUAGUCUGGAGUCCUAUACCUAUUGCUUUGAACAAGUAGAAAAGGCGUACGACGCCAUUGAACAAGGCGAAGCUAACAAAGCGGCGUUCAUUCUCUGCUCCGUACGAGACGACGCCAAACUUAUCCAGGAACAGUCCGAGAUGUACUAUAAAGGUCUGCUGCGCCUUCAAACAGCACAGCAGAAAAGAAUGGAGAAUCUUACAGCGGAGAUAAAUGACUUGUAUAAUGAAGAGAAGAGAUAUUCCAAGCAGGAACGCGAGCUUGGGAUUCAGAAACAGAAAUAUAUACAGGCUAGAGAAAGCGAAGAAGCAAGCAAAAUGGCUGCCGAGAGACGCUAUCGUGAUGCAGAGAGAGAAAAAGAAAAACACUUAAAGGAGCAAAGAGAAAGAGACGAAAAAGGAAAGAAUUUUUGGUGGGUUUUCGGUUAUAAUUUGUAUUUGAUAUUCGACGACUGGAUGAAAGACAACAGACGGAAAGCGCGUGAUGCAAGCCGGGAAAUGGAGAAGCACCAAAACAUGAUUCAAGAAGCUGAAAAAGAGAUGGAAAAACUUUCAUAUGAAGAAGUGAAGGUCAGAAAUGAAAUUAAAGCCUCUGAACAAAAGCAGUGCAAUACCAAUGAACAGAGAAAAAGUCUCCAUAAAAAACUCGGUGCAACAAGGGAGAUGAUUGUCUUGCUGGGAAAGGUAUGGAGAAAAUAAUUUUUAUUGUUUCAAAGUCGCUGCAGAUAUCUCAACAUCCCCCUUUUUCAUAUCAAACUUAUUGCCAUACAUCGUGAACAUUUAGCUCUCACUCGUGUCCAGGUACGCUCGACCAAUUUUUUCGCUAGUGCGCUUGCGCUGUAGUAUCAAAUUUCGCGGGAAGUAACGCGUUCGUGAUGUAAUAGUCAACAUGGAGUCGAUGAAAUCAGUACUCGAAAGAAAGCUAUCGAAACUCUUCAUUAAUGAAUGUUUUACUGAAGUUAUUAAGGCGAAAAAUGAUAGAAAGAAACGCCAAGAUCGAAAACUAUAAAAAAUGUUAAAAUCCAGUUUGUGGGCUACAGUAAUUCGUGCGAUGAGUGGAGGUCUUGUUGUUAUGAGGUCUUGUUUUGGAGGUCUUGUUGUUAUGAAGUAAAGCGAGUUUUUCAGCGUUUAGAACCUUAUAAGAUACCAUCAACAGCUUCUCUUAUGGACAGGAAAGAUUUUGAGUUAUGCAUGGAGAAUGCUAUCGUGAGAUUAAGCGAAGGUUGUAUUCUGGAUAAAAAGAUGACCCGGCAAGAACUCUUGUUUGAUGAAGCACUCGCUGUAGUUGAACGCGGGAAGUCCAUUUAUUGUAUCUUUAAAAUAAGGACUUGGAAUUUGUACUAGGAGACAAAUGGGAUAAGCGCAUAUUGAAUACAAAUGGUGAUUUUGCGUUUGUUAUCGAAGGAAGUGUCCGUUCUUCUACAGUCCAGACAUAUAUAUUUAAGUUAUAUAUUUAAGGCAGCUUAAAAAAUAAAUAAAAUUAAAAAAAUCAAAUACGUUUAAUUUCAAAUUUAUCAGAAAGUCCGAUACUUUAUAAUUCCAGGAGAAUUACUCUUAAAUAUGCUCUGCUUUCCAUUUUCAUUCUCGUUUUGCGCCCUCACUGUGAACGUACUGAGGGUCAAGACACAAAAUACGACAAGUACACAAACUUCGUACGCCAUAACCCGAACCGAAAUCUUAACGAAAUUACAAGUAUUAUACAUCAAACUAGACCCUGACAGCAGGUGUACUCGUGCCCU